GCGGGGCGGGGCCCGGGGCCGGCCAGGGUCUGGAUGUGGCCGCGCGUCCCGGUGUCCCCGUGUCCCCAUGUCUCGGUGUGCCGGUGCCCUGCCGUCCCGGUGUCCCCUUGUCCCGGUGUCCCGGCGUGCCGGUGUCCCCUUGUCCCGGUGCCCUGCCAUCCCGGUGUCCCCACGUCCCGGUGUCCCAGCGCCCUCUUGUCCCAGUGUCCCUGUGUCCCGGUGCCCCCCCAAGUCCCGGUGUCCCGGGGUGACAGUGUCCCCAUGUCCCGGUGACCCCGUGUCCCAGUGCCCACAUGUCCCGGUGCGACAGGGUGUGCCGGUGCCCUGCCAUCCCAGUGUCCCCAUGUCCCGGGGUGCCGGUGCCCUGGUGUACCUGCGUGUGCCGGUGUCCCCAUGUCCCGGUGUCCCUGUGCCCACAUGUCCUGGUGCGACAGGGUGUGCCACCGUCCCGGUGUGCCGGUGUCCUGCCGUCUGGGUGUCCCCACGUCCCGGGGUGCCGGUGCCCCGAUGUCCCGGUGUCCCAGUGUGCCGGUGUCCCCCUACCCCCGUGUCCCGGGGUGCCGGUGACCCCAUGUCCCAGUGUCCCCAUAUCCUGGUGCGCCGGUGUCCCCCUCUCCCAGGGUGCUGGUGCCCCCCCAUGUCCCGGGGUGCCAGUGCCCAGACGUCCCCGUGUCCUGCCGUCCCGGUAUCCCCAUGUCCUGGUGCCCCCCCGUGCCCACCUCUCCGCCCACCCCACGGUGCCCCCUGCCCUGGUUUCGCUGCUCCCCCACGCCCCACCAUCACGGGGCUCCGUUGCCCCGGGGCCGUUCUCUCCCAGGAAGCAGAAGGCGGGGGCCGACAUGAAGCCCAAGCACCCCGACGAGCAGGAGAUCCCCUUCCGCCUGCGGGAGCUCAUCCGGAGCCGCGAGGCCAUGAAGCACCCCAAAGCCAGGAAGAGGCGGGCGGCAGGGAAGCAGCAGCAGCGCAAGGCGCAGGCGCGCGGAGACAUCGCGGUGCCCAAGUUCAGGCGGGGGAAGGGGGAGUCGGAGCACUCCUACAUCUGCCGCAUGGAGCAGGAGGUGCAGCGCAUCCUCUUCCUCACCAAGAACCAGGUGCAGCGGGAGCCCGAGAAGGAGGCGGCGGCGCCGCAGAAGUCCAGGAGAAAGAAAGAGUUUCAGAACAAGAAGCUGGACAAAGCCCGCAAGAAGAAGGAGGAGAAGAAAGAGGCUUUGCUGGAGAAGAGCCUGUUCCGAGACACGGUGGCGUUCGGCGAGGUGGUGACGGAGCCGCCCACCCUCACCUCGCGGCCCCGGCGCGGGGGCCCCGCAGAGCAGGCUGGACGCAAGCGGCUCCUGCUGACGCCUCGCCUGGGCCGGGUGCCCCCGGCAGCGCCGGUGUCGUUGGCUCGCCAGCGCAUCGUGCAGGAGGAGAGGGCACGCGUCGUCCAGGCCUAUCGCGACAUCCAGAGGCGCAAACAGCAGCGGAGGGAGGCCCAGGCAGCCCGUGGGGUGCCCGGCUGAGCCCUCCCUGUCCUCCUCCGUCCCGGCGAGGGGGCACGAGAGCCCCCUGGACCCUCGUGUGGAGCAGCGGUGGGGUGACAGCCAGCUGGGUGUGCAGCACGGGGGACACGGAAGCCCAGGACUUGAGGGGGGCGGUUGUCUCAACCCCGUGCUGCUGCCCCGACAGCACCCUGGGGCUCACAAGAGCCGUGCAACCUUUCUGGCACCUGCGCUGGAGCCAGGAG